AAAACAUGGCGAUGGCCGUUAGAGCAGCCUGUCGUCUGGCAGGACGGACUGUCACCUCCUCCCUGUCAGUCACACACAGGCGAGCUGUCAGCCUGCCAGCGAGGACACGCCACAUUUCCACCUCGACGGGGAACAAUCUGCAGUUCAGGCUCGAUGAGCGAACAGCCCACAGCAGUCUGGACCUCUUCAAGAAAAACACUGCCGUCAUCUACCGCAUGCUGGGUCUGGACCCCAGCCACGUGCAAGACAACCCAGAGCGUUUCCGAGACUGGGCCGUGGUGUUUGGCGAUGAGAGGAUCAGCAGCGGUCGACACUACUGGGAGGUGACGGUGAAAAAGUCUCAAGAGUUUCGCCUGGGUGUGGCCGAGGCCCUGAUGUCCAGAGAGGACUGUGUUGGCACCAACAGCUCCUCCUGGGUGUUCGGCUACGCUCAGCGCAAGUGGUUCGCCAUGACCGGCAAUAAGGUAGUUCCUGUGACGCUGGUGGGCAGGCCAGACCGCAUAGGCAUCCUUCUUGACUACGACGCAGGUCUUCUGGGGCUGGUAGACAUCGAAAAAGCCAAAAUAAUUCACACCAUCAAGGCCCCGUUCAAGACUCCCCUCUGCCCAGCGUUUGGACUUUGGGACGGGGAGCUGCUCACACACUCUGGUCUACAGGAGCCUGAAGGCCUGAAGUGAAGCAGGAUGAACUGAUGAGGAAGCGGUGAUGCUACCGAGGCAACAUUUAUCACAACAGUACAGCAAAGAAAGCAAUAUCUAUGGAGAUCAUUUACAGCUUAAUUACAGGUGAUGGUUAUUUUCUCUGUGGUCCACAUGGUGCAUAAUAAUGACUCUUAACAAUGCAAGUUCAUACUUUGUGUAUGUCAUUCAUCCUCAGGCAAUCACAUCACAGAUGCUGUUUUGUGUGUACCUCAUGUAUUACCUCUCAGACUGACUGAUGUGAAACGGAUGUGUGGUUGUUUCUGAGAGGAACAUUAACCACCAAGUUUUUUUUCUUUGUUUUUGUUUUUUACGCUGUAUUCUGGUAUUACUCACAGUUACAAAGCUGCGAUCAGCACAGAGUCUUUUUCAGUCUCAUGUCCAUACUGUGUUUUGUUUAAUAAAAUAACUUCACUGAAA